UGAUGUCAGUUUAGGAGAUGUAGGAGUUUCUGUAUCACCAUGUGUGCCGACACAGUGUAGGCCUACUGCUGGCCGUCAGCGGACAGGCAGAGGAGAAAGAGGAGGGGAGGAAAAGUGUGUUUACACAGACGGCAAACCGCCUGGGGAAUCGUAGGGGAGAGGAAGUCAGCCGGCUCUGUGUCUGCCUGCUCCAACUUCCUGCUCAGAAAAAGAAAAAGCCCAGGAUCCUAUUUCAGUCCAGCACAACUGCUGUAGCCCAGAAGUAAGCAUGGAAAAACAAGGAAUCCCGCAAGCUUCGCCGUAAAGUUUCUCGGAGGGACAAGAUCGAGUCGGAGAUCGCAGGAAUGGACAGUGCCAUCACUCUGUGGCAGUUCUUACUGCAGCUGCUGCUCGAUCAGAGUCACAAGCACUUGAUAUGCUGGACGUCCACAGACGGCGAGUUCAAGCUCUUGAAGUCAGAGGAAGUGGCCAAGCUUUGGGGGCUGCGUAAGAACAAGACCAACAUGAACUACGACAAGCUGAGCCGAGCCCUGCGCUACUAUUACGACAAGAACAUCAUCAAGAAAGUGAUUGGCCAGAAGUUUGUCUAUAAAUUUGUGUCCUUCCCUGAGAUCCUUAAGAUGGACCCACAGGUGGUGGAGAUGGGCCUGGCUUCUGGAAGGCUUCCCCUUCAGGAACAAGAAGCCCAAGAGCUGGAAGUAGAGGAGGAGGAAGAGGAGGAAGGGGAGGAAGAGGCCCAGAGGAGGACCCUGGCAGCCUUGGGGGCACAGCAUUGUAGAAAUGACUACCUCCACUCGGGUCUCUACUCAUCCUUCAAUAUCAGGUCGCUGCCAAAGCAACCUGAGCUUCUCCGUGCCCUGCAGGAGGAGCAGCGUUCCGUCAUCCGCUUUGGCACCAACACCAAUGAGAGGAGCUCUCCUCCCUCCGUCAAGCCCGAGUCCUAUGUCUCGCCGGGGCCAUCCAAACUCACGUCUCAUUCCCCCUCCCCAUCCUCCCCUCACACCCAGCCGGGCCGAAGCCGGAGCCCCGCUGCUGAGGAGGAGCAGGAGGACUCUGACCAAAGCGCUCAACCCCUCAAUCUGUCCUCCGGGCACAGGGGGCGAGCCCUGCAGCCUCCCGAAAAGAGAAGCAGCAGCGGUGGUAGAAGUAGUUCUACUAACAGUAGUGCUAACCACGGAGAUGGACUCCCCCCAAAAAGCAAAAAGCCCAAAGCUCUGGAGAUCUCAGCACCGUCCCUGCUGCUGGCAGGGAGCGACAUCGGCUCCAUCGCCCUCAACAGCCCAGCGCUGCCAUCCGGGUCCCUCACUCCGGCCUUCUUCACUGCACAGACUCCCUCGGGUUUGCUGCUGGCUCACAGUCCGCUGUUGUCAGGCAUCCACUUCUGGAGCAGCCUGAGCCCCGUCGCCCCGCUCAGCCCCGCCCGGCUGCAGGGCCACAGCUCCCUCUUUCAGUUCCCCAGCCUAAUCAACGGACACAUGCCUGUCCCCCUGCCAAACCUGGAAGGAACACCCUCCUCCCUGCUCCUGUCUCCCACCACUCACAAAUCCUGAUCCAGGAUCUGUGGAAAAUGGCCCAUCUUCAUUGUUCUCUCGUUGAAAGUCUCUCAUAGUCAGCAGCAGCGAUCUCUUAUUCAUAAUGUAAGAUUUUGUCUCAGAAAAGCAAAGACAGUUAUGUGACCUCAUCUUUUUUUUUUUUUUUUUUUUUGCACUUGACUU